AUGAGGGCUGAAGUUACCGAAAAGAUGGACAAACAGAUUAAGGACAACCAAGCAAUGAGGGCUGAAGUUACCAAAAAAAUAGACAAACAAAACCAGGACUUAAAAGACUUAGCCCUAAAGUUGGACCAACAGAGCGAGUAUUGCAGGAGCGCUAAUCAGGAACUGCGAGAAGAGCUCAUAACCCGCAUCGAUCAACAAGCUAAGGACAGCCAAGAGAUCACCGAACAAUUAAAGGACAACCAAGAACGACUUCAAGCGGAACUAAAGAAUAGUCAGGACAAAUUGAAAGACGAGAUUAAAGACAACCAGGACAGACUCAAAGCUGACUUAACCCGUCAACUGAGUGAGCAACGAGAGGAAUGCAAGCGAGUUAACCAAGAGUCCGCGGAGAGAAACCGAAAGGCCGUCUUCGAGAUGACCAGUCAGCUGAGGACGGGACAGGCCGAACUGCAUACUCAGUGGCAGGAAUUUCAAACCGAGACGCAGGAGCAGCAGAAGAAAUUUGCAGAAGAAAUGCACGAGCAGGUCAAGGACCACGGCGAGAGAGUAGCUCAAGUGAAAACCUUCACCGAAGGGAUACACGGACAAGUGCAAGAGCAAGGGAAACAGAUAACUAUCAUGAAGGCUUCCUUUGAAAAGAAUUUGCAAAAGUUACAGGAAAGGACAAGUAAUCUAGAACAAGGACGGCAAGCAAGAAAUCAGCCAACCGGGCAAGAGCCAUCCAAGGACAGCGUUAGUGAGCGCCCGACUUCUACUCCAUUAGUAAUCUUGGACCCGUCACCACCGUCAUCGGCGACCGCGACUCAAAGUACAGCGGUAGCCGCCCUUAGUCAACAAGUAGUGAGAAGGCCAUACUUGGACGGUACCCGCCUAGACGCAUUUCACGGAAGAGAGGACGAGAACCUUCAGCUAUGGUUGAAGAAAUUCUAUCUCCAUCUUAAACGAUGUCAGAUCGAGGAAAAUACGGAGCCAGCUGUAUGGGAGCUCGUGGCUCAUCUGAAAGGACCCGCAGAGUCAUGGUACUACAGCCUACCCAAUGACGUAGCAAGUAGCCUCAAAAGCAUGAAGGAAGCACUCCUGAAACGUUACGGUGCCUAUGACCGGAAAUGGAAGUUAUGGCAAGAGAUGGAUUCUAUCAAGCAGAUAACCAGUCUCUCUUUUGAACGCUACAUAGAGGACGUCAAUAAUCUGUGCCAUCGUGUAGGAGCGGACGAAGAAACUAAACUACGCUGUUUUGUACGUGGCCUGGAACCUAAACUACGUAUCGCGGUUGCGUCACGAGAGCCAACUACCUAUCAGGAAGCCGAACGAGCGGCUCGCCUCCACGUGGCGCUUCAGAAAGGUGAGGAAAAGCAAACCAGCGAGGGAGGAUUCAGCCUUAAGGAAAUUGGAGAGAACAUAGGACGAGAAAUUAUGAAGAAUCUACAGCCACCUCCUGUCGCUGCGUACUAUGGAAAUCAGAACGAGGGUUUGCCACACUCACUACAACCUCUUAACUACCAAGCGGGAAGAAAUCAAAACCAAGGGCGUCGGGAAUGGUCGUCUCAACGUACGCCGCCGUGGUACACCCAAGAMCCAUCACACCGGCCGCACGCACCAGUACAMCCAUAUCCACAUGAUGUAUACCACCCACCAGUGCCACCAGAGCGUGGUCGCGAGUGGUCCAAGGGAGGACAGCCCGAGGGAAAUCAAUCCAAUAAACUCAUGAAGGAUGUCACCCGUUGCCUAAAUGACGUAGCUAAGGCGUUGAAUCAGCUCAACGCACCAGCCCAGGCCUCCGUUCCGCGUGCCCGCCGUACUUCCGACGGAAGACCGAUCUGUGGCAAUUGUAAUCAGAUCGGACAUGUACAAGCCCACUGUAACAGGAGAAAUCGCCAAUCCGGGAAUAGUAACAAUGGUGGUAAUCGUUCCGGACGUGUCGCAGCCAUUACCGAUAGUGCUGCAGAAGAAGACGAUUCGGUCGCUUGUAUACGAGGGGAGAGCAAAGACGAACCAGAUACGCAGAUCUUAACUACAGCCGAGCAAGUAACUCCAAUCGCCACAGAAACAGACCAAUCAGAGGARUUACUAUGCGCUAUGGACCCCAUUGCGGUAUCACCUGAUCUGUUCGUGGAAGGGACUGUGGGUUCCCGCGCUGUACAGCUAUUGGUUGAUACUGGAGCUAAGAUAUCAGUCAUGGACCAUGCGUUUCUUAUGCAACUCCCCUACGAGUAUAGGAAAUUACUCAACGAAGAGAAUGCACGAGCUGUCAAAACCGUCAGCGGUCAACGAUUGUCAAUCGUGGGCGUUGUAAAGCUACCGAUAGUCAUCCAAGGACACUCCUACGAUGUAAACCUGAAUGUUCUAGAGAAAGUAGAGUUUGACAUUGUGUUAGGAAGAGAUUUUCUAGCCGCCAACAAAGCUGUUAUUGACAUGGCUAACCACACAAUCCAACUUGCUCCAGAAAUAAACACCUGGAUGCCACAUACRGGUAAAAUACGAGCCAGAAAAACAACGAUUGUACCUCCACAUUCCGAAGUACUUAUACCCGCUAAACUAAUAGAACAACUGGGACGAGAAAUCACKGGAGUUAUCGAAGGACAUCCAAGACUAGUAGAACGUUAUCAGUUACGUGGUGCUGUUGCCAUGGUGAACGUGACCCCUGCUGGUGACACUAUGUUCCGCCUCAUGAAUCCUACCAGUGAACCAAAGACUAUUUACAGAGAAACSACACUYGGCGAAUUUACCGAAGUUUUGAGCGAAGGACAACCAGAGGCCUUAGUGAAUGAUCACAACGAGAAGAAAGAAGCAGAUUUGUCUAACUUACCAGUACCCCUGGAUUUAAAAGAUGUACAUCUUGACGACGAGCAAGCGCAGCAACUACACAACUUCUUACAAAGUUAUCGCAAAGCGUUUGCACUAGGACCCAGUGAAAUGGGAAAAACSGAUAUCAUMCGUCACCAUAUAAACACUGGAGAUAAUCCGCCCAUCCGAUUGAGGCCAUAUCGYGUUGCUGAYCGUCAAAAAGAAGAAAUUGACAAGCAAGUUAAAGACAUGUACGAGCGAGGAGUCAUACAGCCGUCUGUCUCRCCUUGGGCCGCCCCUGUAGUGCUUGUACAGAAACCUGACAAGACUUACCGAUUCUGCGUGGAUUACCGCAAGCUGAACCAKGCWAGCAAGAAAGAUGCCUAUCCCYUACCGAGGAUUGAACAAGCCUUAACGUCGCUUAGUGGAGCAAAAUACUUCACCACKCUUGAUCUCAUGUCAGGAUAUCAUCAAGUUGCCAUGGCACCAGAUUCUACCGAAAAGACGGCCUUCGUAACCAACGAAGAGGGACUUCUAUAUCACCUGUGGACUCCAAGGAAGGGCACGACCAGAAGACAACUCGUUAUACCGGCCGCGCUGAAACAUGAGGUUUUGUUAUUUGGCCAUGACGACGUCAGCUCUGGACAUCUUGGCGUGUUCAAGACAUAUGAAAAGAUACGGGAACGCUAUUAUUGGCGGAAGAUGUACGCAGACAUCGAUCACUGGGUGACUUCGUGUGUCGCAUGCGCGAUGAAGAAAAACCCUAGACAACGAACACAAGGGCCCCUGAUGCCAAUGCAAGUAGAGGGAGCAUUUGACAAGCUAGCAGUCGAUGUUUUAGGACCGAUGCCGAAAUGCAAGGGCAGCGGCAAUAAAUUCAUAGUCGUCUUUAGUGACUAUCUGACCAGAUGGCCAGAAGCAUUCAGUGUAGAGUCAGCCGACGCACCGACGAUUGCCCGACUGCUUUACGAGCAGAUCAUUACCAGACAUGGCGCACCCAGAACACUAUUGUCCGAUAGAGGAGCUAACUUCUUAUCUACUCUAGUAAAAGAAGUGUGCCGAUUAGUUAAUACUGAGAAAGUAAACACCACGGCUUAUCACCCGCAGACGGACGGAUUGGUUGAACGCUUCAACGGAACCCUGGCUCAAAGCCUAUCUAUGUAUGUUAACGAUCAACAAUCCGACUGGGAUCUACACUUGCAAACCGUCUUAUUUGCAUACCGCGUAUCGCCAUCAGAGGUUACCGGAGAAUCUCCCUUCUAUCUGUUGUAUGGACGAGAGCCACGCCUACCAAUGGAUGUCAGUUUACUUCCGCCAACUAAUAUGUCGGCAUCUGUCGCUGAACACAGAGAAAGAAUUGUAAAGAGUAUCGAGCGUGUUCAUGAAAUCGCCAGAGAGAAUAUACAACGCGCGCAACAAAAGAUGAAAACAUACUAUGACGAGCACACAGGAAACCCGCAAUUCCGGGUCGGAGACAAGGUUUGGGUCUACACACCUCACGUCAAGAAAGGACUAACCAAGAAGUUGGCACACAACUGGCAUGGGCCGUACCGCUUGGUAAAACAACUAUCUCCGGUACAUUUUGUACUUCGUACUCCCGAUAAUAGCCGUAUGUCUACUAGCGUACACGUCAAUCGCAUGAAACGCUAUGUCGAUCCUGACGCCCGACCAAUUGGAAUACCUCCACUCGAUGUACUCCACGAGCCUUACCUAAAGGAACACGAGAUGCCUGAAGACAGCUUUGAACCUGUCCAGGAUCAAGAUCAGAAUGAAGAAUUAUCUGAACCAGCUCCUGGGAAUGAACUCCACGAGCAAGUCGACGAAAUAGGAAAAACCGAUGAGGAUAAUAUUAUAGAUAACGAAACUAUCUUCCGCGCGGAGAAGAUUGUUGGUAAGCGCAAGCGAAAAGGCGUUACGCAAUAUCUUAUCAAGUGGAAAGAUUAUCCUACAAGUGAAAACACUUGGGAACCCGAGGAGAAUAUCUUUGAUUACGCCCUGAUCGCGGAGUUUGAGGACAAUAAAAAGGCUAGACAAGGAGAGGAAGACCGUACAGCGGGGAUCAAUUGCUUUAGCGAAGAGCCUUUGCACAAUAAGGACAGUAGUAAAACACAGACGAACUACGAAGCGGGACAGAUUGGGCUAAUGCCUUUAUUGAUAGUUAUCCUACUAUUCAUAUUACCGUUGGCCGCUACGCAACAAUUCGACGCAGAAGGAAAAGCAGUGUCAUAUUUCCCUGCCGCGGCAAUGCUAGGCCAUAACCCACGUCCGUUGGUAUUCUAUGAAGACACUCGAUUAGUCAAUAUAGUAACGGAUCUUAAACCGAUACAGCCGGUUCCCCGAUUCAAGAUUAACGCGACAUGCUCUAUGCCCCGGAAAACGUACUUGGACGGCAUAUUACGACAAACCCACGAAUUACAAGACCUGACUAAUCGCAUGAUUGCUUCGCAAAGCUACACCAACUUGCUCGAGUGUGAUACGUACGUAAAACGCUACUAUCAAUAUGCUACAACACGCACCCCAACUAUGGUAUGUCCACGAGGUUAUCGAAAGACCCUCGCCGAAUGUAAACAAUGGGCUUUACAAUCAUGUAAUGGAUUGUCGGCUAACGAGCGCGUGUGGUUGCGUUCGCGACAACGCCGCUCUAACUAUGCCUGCCAUAUGGGCCUGGGAGGAAUUUUUAGGGCUAUUUAUUUAGCUACAGGCGGAAAUUGUGAUGAUAAUAGCAUCGCUAAUCUGAAGGACUCCAUGAAAAUCCUAUCCUCAGCAUUGGAGGACACGCAAUCGUUGAUACGCGUGGUCAAUGGAAAGGCCGUCUACCUCAUUAAAGCAACAGAACAAUUGCAUACGCGUGUGAAUACCUUGAAUGGAAUUUUACGCGCCCUCGGAAAGACCAUGGCCACGUGGAAAACAGAAAUCAAUAGAAACAGUAACGCUCAAAACUGCGUUAAUGAUCAAGUAAUGGAAUUUCUCUCAAAAUAUGCUUUCCACGCUAAUCACGUUCAAGCUUCGAUGUUAAGGCUUAACGAGAUUCAGGAUACCAUACGACAAGUUAAUGAACUAAACAACCGUGACGUCAUAGGGCUGUCACACCUGCCGCGCUACAUGUCUACCGAAUUGACGGCUAAGCUCACACAGUCAGAAGACAUGAAAACCACAGUUAAAGCUCUUAGACAAGGAUAUCAUCUGAUUUUACAACCUAUGACAGACUACGAACUCAAUGAGCACCAUGUCUUACAACUCAACAUCCUACUAAUGGCGCCGGUCAUUAGUGAUAGUGAUUCCUUUUGUUCGGUGGAGUACCUUUCAUCGUUUGUUUACAAUGUCACGGGCACCUGUUAUACAGGCCCCCAAAUUCCAGAUGGUAUCGUUUUGAUUACGUGUCCAAACAAACGUUAUAUUUUAAGUCAAGAGGAACUAGCUAAAUGUGCCGAUKGCCCAACUUCAAUUGUYUGUCCRAAACAUCUCUUACAUCAAGUGGAAGACACCGACUGGCUCGGAUUAGCUUGGUCGCCGGGCGGCGCGCUAACUUUUCCCCGGCAACACGCGGUUAACACUGAAUCUUGUAGUAAAAUUCACCCGCUUAUUCAUUUAGGAGGGCGGUUUUAUUUAUCAACAAUGGAACAAAGACUGGGUAUCGUCAAUACCACCUCAGGCCUACACCAGGAAAUUACGUUGUCCCCAUUAAUGAUAUACCAUUUUCCGUGCGAUUCAACUUUUGAUGGUCAACAAACCGGAAUAGGACGCUGUCCCAUGUCUAUGACCUUAGAGGUUCCUUUAUUAACGACGGACACUGUCCGAUAUGUUCCAUGGAAAUCAAAACAAGACGAUCAUUUACUGCCAUUACACUACGAGUCUUUAAAGAUACCGCCGCCUUUGAAGUUCAAUAAAACCACCCUCAACGCGCUGGACAAAGCUUAUGACGCUAUCGAUGGGCGCUUAACCAAGGAGAUACGGGCUUUUAAAGCCAAAAUUGAUACGAUUCACGAAACAACCCAGACUACUACCAAUGAUAUAUUGACGUAUUUCGCUGCUGCAUUGGCAGGAAUUAACACAUUGGUACUGAUUAUUUUGGGUUGCGUUUUUCGGCGGCGGCACAUCAAUUACGCUGUUGCCCCGCAACCGCCGAGGCUACCUGGUCUCGAGCUGCAAGGGUAA